AACGUCCUCAUCCCCAUCAUGGAUCUAUGUUCAGAUAUCCAUCUCCAACACCGUCGUCUAAUGAUGGUGCACCUGAAUUUCCCGAGUUUUCAACACAAAUGAAUCUUACUGGCAUGACAGCUGGUAAUGAAGCCACUCCAAAUGAAGAGGAUUCAACUCCUACGAGCAGGAGAAGUCACUUACCAGCAUGGAACACUGAUCAAAAUAAGGUGUUAAUUAGUGGGUGGCUUAAAUAUGGAACAAACAGUGUUGUCGGGAGAAACCAAAAAGGAGAAACAUUUUGGGGUCAAAUUGCUGAGUAUUGUAAUCAACAUUGCUCAUUCAAUCCUCCGCGGGAUGGAAAUGCAUGCCGAAACCGUUAUAAUUAUAUGAGCAAGCAAAUAAAUAAAUGGAUUGGCGCUUAUGAAGGCGCUAAGCGUAUGCAACGAAGCGGUUGGUCGGAGAAUGAUAUUUUGACCCAAGCGCAAGAAUUAUACGCAGAUGGGAAGAAGGGUCAAUUUAAUUUGAUGGCAGAAUGGGAGGCUCUCCGCGAUCAACCACGUUACAGUAGUCAAGCAGGAGGAAGUGUUGGCUCAGGAAGUAGUGGAUCUAAGAGAUCUCGCGAGAGUGAUGCAUGUGGCUCAAACUCUAUAGGAUCGAUUCCCCGUCCAAUGGGUAGGGAUGCAGCUAAAAAAAAGGGUAAAAAGAAGAGCACAACAGCUGCCUUGGAGGCGAUGGAGAAAGAUUGGACUGCAUACAAACAAGUCAAGGAGAUAGAGGUUGAACAAUUGAAGCAGAUGGCGGCGAUGCAACAAGAGACUAAUAGAUUGAGGAAAGAGGAGACUGAAGCUAAGAAAAUGGAAUUAUUUCUAAAGUUAAGUGAAGAGGAGCAUCUCAGUGACCACAAGAAAGAGCUGUUGAAGCGGUUGUCCCAAGAGCUCUUUGGAAAUUAAUUUUCUGUAGUGUUUGCUUUAUUAUUUUUCAUGUGGUGUCAAGUCUGUAGUGUUUGCUUUAAUAAUUUGUCAGUGUUGUCGAGUCUGUAGUGUUUGCUUUAAUAAUUUGUCAGUGUUUUGUCAAGUCUGUACUGUUUACUUUAAUAAUUUGUCGGUGUUGUCAGUGGCUUUAAUGUAUGGGUUACCGAGUUUGAAUAUGCAUCACUCAAUUCGAAUCUAGUCCUUAUCCGAUAAUUAACUAUAGUUCAUAUUAUUUCGAAUCCGUCAAUGUCCACCAUUCAAGUUAUCUAUAUAUAUGGACUCAUAGAUCCACCAUUCAAUGUAUCUCUUCCCAUCUCUUCCCAUCUACUUCCCAUCUACUUCCCAUCUCUUCCCAUCUACUUCCCAUCUUUUCCCAUCUCUUCCCAUCUACUUCAAAUUUCACAAAAAAUGGAUCCACCAGAGUUUGAUCUCGAAGCUUACCUUGAAAAAAGCAAGAGAGAAGACACUUAUGUACUCAACCACUUUAGGGAGCGUAGAAAUAUAAUAUUGGAGGGUAGCGCACCUCGUGGUAGAAAAUAUUUCAGUAGAGAUCAUGCAGGGGCAAACCAAAGGCUAAUUGACGACUACUUUGCCAAUGAGCCUACAUACGACGAUGGAAUAUUCCGUCGCCGGUACCGGAUGCAAAAACAUUUGUUCCUUCGAAUCGUUGCGGACCUUUCAAGUAGUGAUAGCUACUUCACCCAGCGAGUCGAUGCAGCGAAGAAAGAAUGUAUAUCGCCCUUAGCAAAAUGCACCACAGCAAUGCGAAUGUUAGCAUAUGGUGUGGCAGCAGAUGCAGUCGACGAGUACAUCAAAAUAGGAGAGACUACAGCAUUGGAGUGUGUACGUAGAUUCUGUAAAGGAAUCAUACGAUUGUAUGAGCAAGAGUACAUGAGAGCACCAACCCAAGAGGACCUGCAAAGAAUACUACAGGUUAGUGAAAUGCGGGGGUUCCCAGGCAUGAUCGGGAGUAUUGACUGCAUGCACUGGGAGUGGAAAAAUUGUCCUAAAGCAUGGGAAGGUCAAUUUGCUAGAGGGGAUAAGGGAACUACCACAGUUAUUCUUGAAGCAGUUGCAUCUCCUGAUCUUUGGAUCUGGCAUGCUUUUUUUGGAUGUCCGGGAACCUUGAACGAUAUAAACGUUCUAGACCGGUCACCAGUGUUUGAUGAAUUGGAACAGGGAAACGCUCCACGUGUGAAUUUCAUCGUGAACCAACGUCCCUAUAAUAUGGCAUACUAUCUAGCUGAUGGUAUCUACCCUUCUUAUCCAACUUUCGUCAAGUCUAUUAGACUUCCUCAAACUGAACCCGAUAAGUGCUUUGCAAAACAUCAGGAGGGAUGUCGGAAGGACAUCGAACGUGCAUUUGGAGUGCUUCAAGCUCGUUUUAAAAUCAUCCGUGAACCAGCUCGCUUCUGGGACAUAACUGAUUUGGGUAUCAUCAUGAGGUCAUGCAUCAUAUUACAUAAUAUGAUUGUUGAGGAUGAACGAGAUACAUAUGCUCAACGAUGGACCGAUUUUGAGCAAGCUGAGGGAAGUGGAUCUAGUACACCGCAACCAUACUCGACCGAGGUGUUACCCGCUUUUGCGGAUCACGUGCGUGCUAGAUCCGAGUUCCGUGAUCCAAAUGUCCAUCACCAACUACAAGCAGAUCUAGUGAAGCACAUCUGGGCAAAGUUUGGAAUGUAUGAUGAUUAAAUAUGCUUUGUAUCGUACUAAUUACGUU